UUUGCGCGAGUCAGUCUUGCAGAGAAAGUCGAGCGUAGUUUCCUCUUGUGCGCGCGGGUUACCAGCGCUGCUCAGCUGUUCCUACCCCCUUCCUUGUCCAAGCGGGCGCUUUCCUCUCGGUGCAAAUCGUCUGGUGUGGCCGCUCUUCCUUAGCGAGGCCAGCCCGUUCCUCCUUUCCGGCUCUGCCCCCCUGUGCUCAGAUACAAAGGACGUUGGGUCAGCCUCUUUGUUAAGACUUCAUGUCUGUAUUUUUCCCCAUUCACUGCUCUGAUUAUCUGAGAUCAGCUGACAUGACUGAGGUGAUGAGCGCUCCAUCUAUGGACGAGAUUGGCUUAAGCCCCCGCAAGGAUGGCCUGUCAUACCAGAUUUUCCCUGACCCUUCAGACUACGAUCGUUAUUGCAAGCUGAAGGACCGUCUGCCUUCCAUUGUAGUCGAGCCAACAGAAGGAGAUGUCGAGAGCGGAGAGCUAAGAUGGCCGCCUGAGGAGUUCCUGGUCCAGGAACAAGAGGAAGAAAACUGUGACGAAGCAAAGAAAGAGAGCAAGGAGCAAUAGAGUCUUCUGUACGACUUAAGAUGCCAUGUCAUCUUGAAGGGGGGAAGAGAACCACAACUGUUUUGAAAAGUCUUUUUUUCUACAAAAGACAUUCAAAUUUUGCACCUGCAAAAAGAUCUUAGUUUUUUCAUAUUCUCUAUUGAGAACUGAAGCGCUUGACAUGACAAUCUCCAAAUGAAAGCAAGGAAGGCAGUUGUGCCGUAGUGGAAGGGGGACGGCUGCUCUUCUCAAGAUGGCUGUUGAAUUUUGUUAAGGUUAUCUGGGGGUAGCCGUGAAAUUGCAGGGCGCUUUGGUGGAGGAUCAGACGGGCAGGAAACACGCUUUUUUUCUGAAGUGUGUGGGGUGGAAGAAAUGACUGCAGAUGUGUAAAAUGCAGCUGCCUCUGGCUAUAAAAGCAUGAGACUAGUAUUCAUCUCUCAAAACUUUGCCUUCUUAUAGUGCUUUGGUUUUUGGUUUUUUGGUGUGUAUGUGUGUGUGUGUGUGUUGUGGGUUGAGAGGUAUGAAUACAUGCCACUGAAAUGCUCCGAUGACAGUAGAGUAUGGCAGGUCUUUCCUGCUGAACACCAUCGAGGAGCAACGGAUCAAUAACGUUACCCCGUUCAGUAUCUUUUCUUUCUUAAGUCGCACACCUUGUUGGGAAUGUUGGUGCUUGGCACUUGCUAGCCCAGCCCGUUGCAGACAAAAGCCAUCUUCGCCUUCUCACCCCCCCCCCCAGCCCCCUCUUAAAAUAUGCAUUUAAAUUCUAACCCGAAUGGGUCUUGUGACCGUGAUAAAGGUAUUGACUGACUUACAUUUAAAUCUUACAGCGGUGAAUCUUCUUUUCAUUGGCACAGUGCUGAUGACUUUACAAAAUGAUCCUUUGCCACUUUUCUGCAAUAGCUUUGUUUAUCCUGCACAUGGUAACGAAACAGGUUGAGUUUGAUUUCCCUUUCUUUUUUUCAAAAACAAAACAAAACAAACUUCAAUAGAUUUUUGCCAUAAAAUUAUUUUCCGGGCACCAAAGCUGCUGUUAAGUCUCCCAUCCAGAAGUACAUCUAGUUGGGUAUGAGAUACCAGCUUUUCUAGUGGCAUUGAGGGAUGUGUGUAGUUUAACCAUUUGCAAAAGCUGGAUGAAGAGCUCACUUUAUGACAGUGCAUAAUCUAACUUUGUCCAACAGAUGCAGUGAACCCUAACAGAGCUUUGGAGAUGAUCUGAAGUUUUAACAGAAGUAAUUGAAGGAAAGCAGGUCUUCUCUUCAAAGAAAAAAAAAGUAUUAUGGUCUCUCAGUAUUCUGGAGAAGAUAAUAUGCUUUUUGAACAUAUCUAUGAGAUUUUAUUGAUAGGCAGAAGCUUGUUCCCAAGAUCUAAAUUCCUAGCAACAGCUGCCGAUAUUUUUGUCCGAUCUAUCCUCUUAGGAUGUGGAGAACAAAUUGCAGGAUAAGCUAAACUUGCUGCUUUCUAAGAAAGCAGAAGUCUUGACCACUUGAUGGAAGUCCUUCCUGAGACUUCACAGUAUAAAAGGACCACUCUUGAGAAAUGAAAAGCCAAUUGUUUCCAUGUUUAAUUCUGGAGACACUAAAAAGAUGUAAUAAAUGCGCAUCAUGGCCUUAACAAGAUGUUCAAAACAACCCCUAGUCUCGCACGUCCCUUGUUUAUCGCCUCCCUUCCUUCUUUCUUAAAAAAUCUGUUGGGACUUUGUGUAUAUAUUUGUAUUUGAUACCUCAUGAGUAGUAAAAACGCUGGUAAGGAGUUAGGGAAUUUGCUUGUUUAAAAUCAGCAGGAUUAAUCCCUCCCACCCCCAGUCUUUGUCUUGCUUGUGUUUUCAACAUAAUGGCAAUAACUUUUUAACAGCUGUGAGUCAUAGUUACAUGUGGGCGUGAGGUUGCCUGAGUGUUUUUUAUUAUUGUUGUUGUUGUUAUUAUUAUUAUUUUAAGCAUAAUAUAGGGAUGUAGUUGGUGUUCCUCUGUAUUCUUUUGGCAGCCAAGAACUUGUCACACAUGUACUACCUAUCUUGGUUAACAGUUUUGUCAUCGCUGAAACCUGUCUUGCAUCAUUUCCUAGUCCAAGGUUGCUUUAAAACCAAUGGAUCCAGAUGUUUUUCGGUCUUGUAUGCUGGACAUCUGUUCUCGUCUUGCUGUUCAGUAGAAUGAGCUGUGAUACCUGCACACCAGCCUGAACUCCCUAGUUUUAUCUCCAAAAAGUUAUUUCUCGUUUUGUUUGCAGAUUUUGGUCCCAAGUUUUGAAGCUGUCAAAUGUAAACCACUCAAGAUGAGCAAAAAUCCUUAAUGCUUAAAAGAUCAGAGUGGAAAUGCUGUUUGUCUUUAAAUAUUAGCAUAUCCUUUUUGCGCCUCUCUUUUUUUAAUUGUUGCUUGUAUUUCUGUCAUUUUUGAAUGUGUCUGAAGAACAAAGCACUCCAGUUGAAUUUCUCCUGUUGUAUAUUACAUUCUAUAUUUCUGUAAAGUUCUUUUUUGAGCCUCAGGGAAAAAAAGCUUGCAUUUUUUUCAGACUACUUUUGUCACUGUGACAGUUGUAAAUAAAGUUUGAAAAUGCUUUCCAAA